CUGCUUUACAGAUGCUGUUGCAUACCAAUAAAUUGCGAUUGUAAAGCAACUCUAAUUUGUACACCAACACCUCAGUGUUGUUGCUGUCAACCACAGUGCUGCUGUUAUCAACCACAGUGUUGCUGCUGUUGCCAACCUCAGUGUUGCUAUUGCACUCAGCCUCUAUGCAGCUGUUGUUGUCCACAGCCGAUUUGUUGCUGUGGAGGAACGACAAAAUGUUGUAUGAUACAGCCGACUUCUUCCUGUUGUACAGUAAUGCCUCCAUCAGUAUGCACUUCGGUUCAGUCCCCUCCGGUUAACUGUCAUAUCCAGUCUCCACCGGUAACCUGCGCUGUGAAGAACAGACUGGCUGUCUGUGCAAGCAGUUCCGGACAACCAUGUUGUUGCUGCAGUAGCUGCGGUGGACCAUCAGUUUGUGCUGGACGCGGUGGUGCACCAUUGGUUUGCCCAUGCCAGUCGUCGUGUUGCUGUAGUGAACCGUGCUGUUGUUGUCAGCAAACAUGUUGUCAACCAUCGUGUUGUCAGUCGUCCUGCUGCUCCCAACAAUCAUGUUGCGAAUCAUCGGAUUGUUGUUCUCGACGGAAAAGACGAUCGUUGGCAUUAUUAAGACUGAAACUUGCUGCUGGAAAAAAGUAG